UGUUUACACCGACACACAGCAGCCAGUGCUGGAGAAGACAGGACUACCAGAGGAGGUGACUGGAGCUUCUGGACCACAGACCUGAAGCUUUUGUUUUUAUCACAUCGGCACCAGAAAAGGAGAGGACUGUUGAUGUUGGAGAUGACUGGACUGUCUCUGCAAGAACUGCCUCCCUCAACUUUGGGAACAUUUCUCUGUCCUGAGAGCUUAAAAGUUUGUGGGGAAAGUCUGAUCUGAGAGGCGUAAACAUUGGAGAAUUUCUACCUCAGUCAGGAGUUAGGCGUGCUCAAAGAGGAUCAGUUUUUGCCCCCGUUGAAUAAAAGCCAUAUUCAUAAAAAAAGUCCAGGAUGAAGACUCCUCUCCUCUGCUUGGGGUUGCUACUCUUGACGGGUCACAUCCUCGUGGCCAGUGGGCAGCUGGAGCCAAAUAAACAAGUCCCCCAAGACCCUCUUCCCGUAACCCAGAGGCCUGGGCUUGUUGAGAGGGACGUGCAGGGUCCUGUGAGGCCCAACAUGACGAUGCCCCGUCGCCGGCUACCUCCCAUGUGCACUGGACCCACGGAAAUCCGAGACACCUUCAAGUACAUCAACACGGUGGUGUCCUGCUUGGUGUUUGUUGUCGGUAUCAUCGGCAAUUCCACUCUUCUGAGGAUCAUCUAUAAGAAUAAGUGCAUGCGCAACGGGCCAAACAUCCUGAUCGCCAGCCUGGCACUCGGGGACCUGCUGCAUAUCAUCAUUGGCAUUCCCAUUAAUGUUUACAAGCUCCUCGCAGAAGACUGGCCGUUCGGUGUGGCUCUGUGCAAGUUGGUGCCGUUUGUGCAGAAAGCUUCAGUUGGGAUCACAGUGCUGAGCCUGUGUGCUUUGAGUAUUGACAGGUAUCGUGCCGUGGCCUCCUGGAGCCGUAUCAAAGGUAUUGGCGUUCCAAAGUGGAUGGCUAUUGAGAUAGCUCUCAUCUGGAUAAUAUCCAUCAUCCUGGCUGUGCCAGAGGCAAUAGGUUUUGACAUGAUCACUAUGGACUACAAAGGAGAACACUUGAGGAUCUGCUUGCUACACCCAAUGCAGAAAGCCGAGCUUAUGAAGUUUUAUAAAUCAGCAAAGGACUGGUGGCUGUUCAGUGCAUAUUUCUGUCUACCAUUGGCCUGCACGGCUAUUUUCUACACCCUGAUGACCUGUGAGAUGCUGAGGAAGAAGAAUGGCGUCCAGAUCGCUCUUAGUGAUCACCUCAAACAGCGGAGGGAGGUGGCCAAGACAGUCUUCUGCCUGGUCCUUGUCUUUGCUAUCUGCUGGCUGCCUCUGCACCUCAGCCGUAUCCUGAAGCUGACCAUCUAUGAUGAGAAAGACCCAAACCGCUGUGAACUUCUCAGUUUCUUUUUGGUCCUGGAUUACAUUGGCAUCAACAUGGCAUCUAUCAACUCCUGCAUCAACCCCAUCGCCCUCUACAUGGUCAGCAAGCGCUUCAAGAACUGCUUCAGGUCCAGCCUGUGCUGCUGGUGUCUACCGGCCGAGAUGUUAAUGGAUGAGAAACAGUCGUGCAUGAAGCUGAAAGUCACUGAUCGGGCUUCGGACCAGAGCAACUCUCGCAUGACCAACAAAUCUACCACAGCAUGAGGAGAGGCCCAGAAAUGA